CAAAAUCAAAAACCCCCCUCUCCAUCUGUACAAGGUAUAAAUACUUCCAAAAAUUUGAAAGCAAAAUCAGUUGGUCAUAAACUUGUUUACAUUCAACAACGAGCUAUGGAAAAUAUGUUGUCUGGUUGGACUUGGCAUGGAUGUUCCGAUGGAGAAAUCGUUGAACUAGAAAUUUAUCAAAAUCCGGACGUCCCUGAACGUUUUAAAAACCAAAACAAAGCCUGGAGAAAUCCGCACAGAUGGCAGCCCCUGUUGGUGACAGGAAGCAGAAAGUUGGUUGUGCCGUACGACUUAUUCCUCAGAAUGAAACGAAAUUUUUUGAGAGGAUAG